AUGGCAGGCGAACCCGCGGCCCAGUCGGUCGACGCAGCCAGCCAUGGGUCCGCCUCAUGGAAUCCCGCCUUGCGCCGCGAGAAGGACGUCCGUCCCGCGCCCAUUGCACAGCCACCCGCGAAGUCGGCUUCUGAAUCUUCCGAGGACGAAACCGAAGACGAUUCGGAAGAGUCGGAAGAGUCGGAAGAGGAUGAAGCAGGGGAGGAGCAAAGCGAGGAAGAAAGUGACGAGCAAAGCGAAGAGGACGAAACUCCAGCAGAGGUGCGGCAACCUGCACCUCCCAACAAGGACACAUUGGGCGACAAGAUCAGUGCGAAUCACGACUCUCCUGCGCAGACCAAUAACGACAAAACCUCCCAAAGUUUUCUACCCCCACCAUCAGCCGUUGCGAAAGUAGGUGCCGUCGAUAACAGCCAGGACGAUUCCUUGGUCGCUGCCACCACUGUUCUCGACAUCAACGACCAGUCGGAGGCCGAAUCGAGCGAAGAGGAGGGUUCUGAUGAGAAGAGCAGUGAGGAGAGCUCUGAAGAGGAAGAGGAGCGCCCGGCCGAACACUAUGAACACCAGGGUGAGACAUCAGCCUUGGAAGAGGCCAUGACAGACAAUGUCCAGGCUCCUCUCGUAGCCGAUAGCGAAGCAGAUGAGUGGGGCAAUUCAGGCGAGGCCCUUGACUUUGGCCAGCAACUACACGCGGCUCCCCUCAAGACACCGGUAGCAGAAGCAGUGGGCACCACAGUCGGGGACGACAUGAUUGGAAACACAAAUGUGGGAGGAAACGCAGGCGAAGACAUGGAUUGGGGCAACACAGGAGAAGGAGAGGACUUCUUUGGAAGUGCGGCUAACCAGACCGUUGAGCCCGCACAGGACCAAGAUGUCACCCCUGGAGCACAUGUGGUGGACCAAGGAACUUUCUCGACUACCAGAGAUGAGUGGGAUCUGGAUCUGGAUCUAGACGAUGAGUUCCUACCCGAGACAACAGAGGCGCCGGUGUUUGAGUUGAGUGACGACGAUGGCUUUCUCGAAGAAGACACCUCGGAGGCAGUACCACAGCCUGUGCAGCCUGCUACCCCAGGAUCGAGUGGUGCAAGCCGAUAUGCGCCCCAGGCUGCUCAGCCCUCGUCGACAACGAACCCAUAUGCCCCCCAGAGUCCACAGAUGGCCAGCAUACCACAGACACAACAGAGGAGCCCAGCUGUACCGGCGUACAAUGGCUUCGGUCAAAAUACAGCCUACCAGCAACAGCCGCCUCGGCCACCCAUGCCCAGCUCAGCUCAAAGUUUCGUCGACAAGUCUAAAGGGGGUUAUGCCUCGCCUUAUGACCUGCCAGAUGAUAUCAUCACGACUCGAAAACGACCAGCGCCACGAACCGCCGUCACAGCUACUCCUGCUCACCCACCGCCCCGGACUAGUAGCGUGUCGUCGAUCACAGGACCACCUCGGCCUGUCCCUGCAUCGAACAUGUCUGCAGCAAGCCUAUCCCCACCACCAUCCGCCAAUUCGACGCAGUCCGUGACAGGCUUGCCAGCUGUUGUCCCCAACCAGGUCGUCCCACCGUCCAAGUCCCCUUCGAGUGAUUUCUUCGCUGAACUGCCUGUGACGACCAAACCAAGGCCAUCGGGGCGUUAUACACCACAGCCGAACAACCCUGCUCAACAACCUGUGCAUCCGCCUGCUCAAAAUUCUGCUCCGCCUCCAGUACAACAUGCACCUCCCCAAUUUCCUCUAAAGGAACGCACAGCUUCAUGGUCAAGUUUACGCAAUGAGUUCCAUCCUGAUUCAGGACCUACCGCCCCUCCACUUAGACAGCCUGAACAGCUUCCCAUGUUCCCAAAUCAGCCAUCCGUACCUACAAGAACCAACAGCCUCCCGGUACCACCAUCAGCGCAAGCACCCCCCACGGCAAGAUAUUCUCCUGUACCACCUUCCACGCUGCCAUCUGCCAAUCCUCGAUACUCCCCCGCACCACCAAAUGCCAUUGCACCGAAUUCACGCUACUCUCCCGCGCCCCAAUCGGCACCUCAUGGCCAAACUCACGCUCGAUAUGUGUCGGAACCGCACUCGAAUAUGCACCGCACUCCCUCACAGCCUUUUGCACCUCGUACAUCUAGUCCGCUGGCGUUCCACUCUACCUCCCAACAGCAAGACAAGGCAUCCGAGAACAACUACACUCCUGCUCAUUAUGUUACACAAUCAGCAGACGGUGUACCUCGUCCUCCGUUCAAAAGCCCGCUUGGCGACGUCAGUGAACUCGAGGAAGCGGAUGCAGGAUUGAGCUCCCGACCCCCUACGGGCACUACGGGAAGGUCGGAAACGCCUCCUCUGCGAAGCUCGCCAUCUUCAGCGACUGGAUCGCCGAGGAAGCGUGGCAACUACGCUCCAACCUAUCCACCCACGACUAUACCAGAACAACAACACGCCAUCACUCAGUCGCCUACAUCGAACUUCAAGCAGCCCCCUCGAACUUUGUCAGCUUCGGAACCUUCCAACAGCGCGUACGGGUUCAUGCCUCCGACUACCACUCAGAGCAUGCAUUCUCUUGCUUCUGGCAUAAUCAAUACUAUUCCUCCUCGGCAACAAGCUUUCUUGGAUUACGACUGCAUAGUCCCGGAGGAUGAACGCGCCAACGACCCACUGCAGCGAUGGAAAGGUCAUCCAGUCUUCACUUGGGGUCUGGGUGGCACUGUAGUCACAAGCUUCCCCAAACAGGUUCCUAGAUACGGGGGUGGUGCAUCAGCACCGAUGAUGAAAUGUAGUCCUGGCGAAAUUAGACUACAGAGCGUCAAGGAUCUAUCGCCCUUGACACAGGAUAUUGCCAAGUUCCCUGGACCGCUCAAGUCUAAAAGCAAGAAAAAGGAAAUCUUGACUUGGUUGGGACGCAAGACCGAGUCCUUGGAGGCGCAGCUUAAAGAUCCGGCAUUGGAACACUCCUCGACCGAGGCCGAUAUCAAACGUCUGGAAGACCGAGCACUUCUUUGGAAACUACUUUCUACCCUCGUGGAGCACGAUGGCCGACUUGAGGGGAGUGCUGCGGAAGCUACGGUCAAGAAACUUCUUGCACCAGAAGAUCCAAAUGCAGCGGAUGUGGAGCCAUCUUAUUCCACAGCUGCAGACAUUGUUGGACGUCCACGAUCAAAUACUUCCAGUCUCCAGGCAGAGCCUACUGACCCGAGAGCCGUCGAGGCUCUGCAAAACAUGCUCAUCAAGGGUGACCGAGAGAAGGCUGUUUGGCACGCGGUCGACCAACGACUAUGGGGUCACGCCAUGCUCUUGUCAUCCACCUUGAGCAAAGAUAUUUGGAAGCAGGUUGUGCAAGAGUUUGUGCGCAAGGAAGUCAAGAAGAUUGGCCAGAGCAACCAAGCACUGGCUGUUUUGUACGAAGUCUUCGCAGGCAACCAUCAAGAUUGUAUCGACGAACUUGUCCCUGCAUCGGCUCGCGCAGGCUUUCAAAUGGUCAGCGCUGAUGGGGCUGGAGCUACACAGAAUGCCUUGCAGGGCCUGGAAAAAUGGCGCCAGACUGUCGCCUUGAUCAUGAACAAUCGUAGCGAGGGCGAUGCAGCGGCACUGCUGUCUCUGGGUCGGCUUCUUGCGCAGUACGAUCGUAUCGAAGCUGCGCAUAUCUGCUUCAUCUUCGCCCGUUCUAUAUUGAACAUCAGCGGUGUUGAUGAUCCCCAGGCCGAUCUCGUUCUGAUUGGUGCUGAUCAUCGGAAAAACCCGUUGGAGCUUGGUAUUGAUCUGGAACCCAUUUUGCUCACCGAAGUGUUCGAAUUUGCCAUGUCAUUGUCGUUGCCAGGGGGUGCACAUAUCCUUCCGCAUCUGCAAAAUUACAAACUUGCACAUGCAUAUCAGUUGGCUGAAUACGGAUACCGGACAGAGGCACAAUCAUACUGUGAUGCUAUUGCAGCGGCGAUGAAAGCGACGACGAGAAUUUCUCCAUACUACAGUGCAAGCUUCAUCGCUAGCCUGGACGACUUGAGCAAGCGUCUAUCACAGUCCCCCAAGGAUGGGUCCUCAUCAUGGAUUUCAAAGCCUAGUAUGGACAAGGUUGGCAGUUCGUUACUAUCCAAGUUCAACAGCUUCAUUGCUGGUGACGCAGAGGAUGCGGCAACGAGCAGUCAAGGAGGCGGCGAAGUUGGGCCGUUUGCCAAGAUUGCCGGUGGCAGUCAAGGACCAACACCUUCUCAGUCGAAUUCAGAUCUUUAUGCCGCCUAUGCUGGCUUCGGUGCGCCAGCCCAGUCCGCUGUCGGAAACUCAAAAUAUGCACCAUCGAACGCCUAUGCGCCAAGAACAUCAUCAGAACAACACCGAUCUCGCUAUGAACCUGGCGGUCGACCUUCUUUAGACUCUGUAGAUGGCACAGGCAUGCGUACUGUAUCUGAGGGUUACUCGCCAUCAACACCCGGCUUGGGUCCAUACAGUCCGACGCAGUCCCAACUAAGCCCCCCUCGUGGGCUAGCCAAGGCGCAAUCCUACUCCCCUCUUCGAGCUGAGCAUAACAUGUCUCAGCCUUCAUACGGCAGUCCCUACAUGCCCACGCCCCCAGUAGGAGAGUCAGCGUCGACUCCUGGACAGAAUUUCCUCCAACCUGGAGCAAGCUUCGAUGAGCCAGCGUCCGCAGCAGAUGGACAGUCCUACAGUGGGUAUGAGCCACCUUCGAGUACCUUUGAACCGCCCUCAUACCAGCCCUACAAUCCGGACGACGACGAUGAGAGAGAAGAUCAGCAAAAGCAGGCAUUAUCAAAGAAGAAGUCCUUCAUGGACAUGGAUGAUGACGAUGAUGAUCUCGCGAAACGCGCUUCAGCCCUCAAGAUCAGCGGCGGCAAAUCCGAAGCUGAUAGGAAAGCUGAUGAAGCCUUCCGUAAGGCCGCCGAAGCAGAUGCACAGCGUGACAAGGAAAGUGGUGGAAAGAAAGGAGGCUGGUUCGGAGGCUGGUUCAAGAAGGACGCCGCUGCAGGACCUGGGCCCAUCAAGGCCAAACUGGGUGAAGAGAACAGCUUCGUCUACGACCCCGAACUCAAAAAGUGGGUGAACAAGAAGGGCGGCGCAACAGAGACCAAGACCGCAGCCACGCCACCACCUCCACGUAGCAGUCCUGCUGGGUCCCGCAGCGCCUCCGGCAGUGCAGCACCACCCAUGGGUCCCCCCAGUGGCCCAAUGCGACCACCAACCUCCAAUCCCGAACCUCAACGGAGUUCGUCGAUGCCGCCUGGUAUGGCGCUUCCUGGAUCGAGAGCGUCGACGCCAGGAUUACACGACAUGGGAUCCGAUGUCGAAGGGCCGCCCAAGCCUCCUGCCCUUGCGCGACCCUCAUUUGGAGCCGCAUCCGGUCCGCCAUCGCGGCCUGGCACGAGCAUGAGCAAUGCAAGUAGCAUUGAUGACUUGCUGGGCGCACCGCAGGCGCGAAAGGGGCCCGGGGCGAAGAAGAAGAAGGGAGGACGCUAUGUGGAUGUCAUGGCGCAGGGAUCGUGA